UGCAGUGAGGUGGUCACCUGGACUCCGAAAUCAGUGAAUUACGGUUGAUUAUACGGGCUUAACGGAGGCGGCGGAAUGGGCGCAGAGGCUUCAUAAACACCCAGUGGAGGCUUCGGACCAAGGUUAAAAAUCUAUCAGUCCCGCAUUUAGUCCAGGGUAUUAGAAGGUGAGGAUUUGCAUCCGGAAAACCCCAACCAAGUAACUCAUCAGGAUCUGAUGGAGUCGCCCAAUUUAUCCUAACUUUAAUAUCAUCGGAUUUUGAACAUGGAGGGAGAAAGCACCGUUCACAGUGAAGAGAAACUGUACACGUGUUCUGCAACCUUCAACCAAUCAUCUGACCUGUCAGAACAUAAAUGCAGUCACAAUGGGGAGAAACGAUGGAAAUGUGGGGACUGUGGGAAGGGAUUCAAUUAUCCAGUUGAGCUGGAAACUCAUCGUCGCAGUCACACUGGGGAGAGACCAUUCACCUGCUCUGAAUGUGGGAAGGGAUUCACUCUGUUAUGCAACCUGUUGGCUCACCAGCGAGUUCACACUGACGAGAGACCUUUUAGGUGUCCAGACUGCGGGAAGUGCUAUAAAAGUUCCGGGGAACUGAUGCGCCAUCAACGUGUUCACACUGAUGAGAGACCGUUCAGGUGCUCUCACUGUGGGAUUGGGUUCAGGCAAUUAUCUGACCUCACUGUGCAUGAACGAGUUCACACUGGAGUGAGUCCAUUCACCUGCACAGAGUGUGGGAAGGGAUUCACUCGGUCAUCACGCCUGCUGACGCACCAGCGAGUUCACACCGGGGAGAGACCAUUCACCUGCUCCAAAUGUGGGAAGGGAUUCACUAAUUCAUCUACCCUGCUGAAACACCAGCAAGUUCACACUGGGGAGAGGCCAUUCAUCUGCUCCGAGUGUGGGAAGGGAUUCACUCGGUCAACUGACUUGCUGGAACACCAGCGAGUUCACACUGGGGAGAGACCAUUCAGCUGCUCCAAGUGUGGGAAGAGAUUCACUCAGUCGUCAACUUUGCUGACACACCAGCGAGUUCACACAGGGGAGAAGCCGUUCACCUGCUCCGUGUGUAAGAAGGGAUUUUCUCACUCAUCCACCCUGCUGAGACACCAGCGAGGCUCUCCAUCUCCCCUGCCUCUCCCAUUGUCACCUCCAAAAUGA